AUGGGGCUACUAAACUCCAAGAACUUGUUAACCUUCCAUUUCGUGCAGCGUGGAAGUCGAGUGGCUAGUUCUCGUGAGGUGGAAGUUCAAAGAGCUGGUUCUUCAUUUAAACCUAUGUCCACUCCUUUUGAUAAAGGUUUCGAAGCCGAACUGCCUUUGCAUGACUCACCCGAAAUUGAUCGUUUUCCAAAUGGCGUUAAUAGAAGUCAACAAACUUUGAAUGGUCACCAACAAAGAGAAUACCAGCAAACUGAGAUACCUGCACAACAACAACCAGAUACUCUCCAACGAGAUUUUUCACAGAAUAUUCCCAUACGGCAUGAUAAAGAAAAUCAAACUGACGAUAUUCAAAUAGCUGCUGGCUCACCAAUUUCUGACAAGUUCAAAAAACAAAAUAAAAAUUAUAUUUUUCACAACAACCGAAUACAUUCGCCAUUUCAAAAUUCUUUGUUAAGUAAUAGAUAUGGGCCGUCAUCAACACUUCGUUAUUAUCGACCUUUUGCUGUGACACCUAAACCGGAACAUUAUAGACGUCUUCACCUCGAUCAUCUUGCCAAACGAAUUCGUGAAGGCGAAUUAAAACGAGUUCAACUUAGUGCUCAAUUUAAGCUGUUUAAUGAAAGUACUCGACAGGAUUUAGAGGAGUUGGAACUUUUGAAUAAUGAAUUAAAAUUGGAUGCUCGUCGUCGUAACUUUGAACAAAAUCUCCGUGAACAAGAAGAACGUGAAAGAAAUACAACAACAAAUAGUCUUUCUACUCGUUCUACUACUGCACGUCCAUUAACUCCGGCACCUAUUUUAAGGAAGACACCAAUACCUAAAACAAAUGUACCUCGUGUAUCCUUUACUUCACCGCCUACUCGAUCGCCCAACAGAAAUGUAGUCCGAUCUCAAUCUCAAAGACCACCAGAAAAUCCUGAUACCAGAAGGGCAAAGAAGUACAUCGAAAAUAGAGGAAUUGAAGAGGAGGAUAGGCGUGUUAAUUAUGUAAUUAAAUGGAAUUCGAAUCAAGAACAACUUAGAAAAGCAAAACGUGCAAAUCCGCGUAUCAAUCUCAAAUCUAAUCCAACUUCAGUAUUUCAAUAUAUUCCUGGAAAUUCUACUCGUCGCUAAAAGGAAAUAAGAAAUCACCCAAAUAUUCACUUACCCUCAUAUAUAUGUAUGCCUUAAAUAUAAAUUUAAUAUAUAAAAACUUGUGUUUAGAAAUUAUUGUUUAGACAUUUAGGCUCGUAAUCAAGUAAUUCAAAAAAGGGAAAUCUGACCUCUGAAAAAUGGAUAGUUUGCAGGAAAUUCGUUCUCUGGGUGUCCUCCUUAUAAAAAUUUGAAUACGG